GUCGAUAUUUGGGUGGAAGCAGGGUGUUGUGAAUUUGACCGUUGGAGCAACGCAGGGAUAACCACUGGGGAAGUCAAUUGUCAACUUGUAGCCAAUCAACGACGACCAACAAAAAUAAUUGCCCAAUGAGAAAGCUAUGCCUCGUUUUCGAAACCAGGUCACAUGAUGAAAAAAUGGCUGCGCCCAUGGCUGUUUCGGCCCGCAUGUUUCGAAAUUUUUCAACGAAAGAUGUCUUUAAAACAUGCUCCAUAUCCACCAUACCACGAUUAAAGCAGGAUAUAUUGACGAAGAGAUAUGCUGAGCAGCCAUCCUGCUCUAUGAACUAUGAUUCAAGAAGCAUUCCUGAGAUUAUUCCAAAGAGGGGGUCAAUUCAUUUUGAUACCCAUGCUGCUGUAAAGGUGCUUGAAGCAAAUGGUUUCAUCGCACAAAAAGCUGAAGCAGUUGUCUCAUUAAUUCUAGAAAUCUCUAGUGCUGCUGCUGAAAACGGUGCGAGGACGCUGGUCACUAAAGAACAACAGGAAAUCAUGUUGCAACAAAUUAUGGCCCAGAUAGCCUCUGUGAAAAAGGAUAUGAUCAUUCUGGAGAAAAGUGAAUUCUCAGCUUUAAGAAAUGAAACUGAUAAAGUCCAGAUUGAAAUACAGAAACUCAAAGAAUCCAUGGCUGAUGAACUCAUAAAACUGAAGGGCAACAUGAUGCUGGACAUUAACCUUGAAAGGUCAAGGUCAAUGGAAGCGCACAAUGAAAGCAUGUCACAAUUAAAGACCGUGGAUCACAGAAUUUUGAAUGAGGUAGCCAAUCUGGAGACAAAGUUUGAGCGAUAUAGGAAUGAUAUAUUCAAAUAUGCUGGAGGUACUAUACUUUCCUGUCUGACCAUCAUAUUAGGAUUCUACAGAUUAUGGUCUUAAUGAACCAUGUACCAGUUGAUGUAAGGAUCUCAUUGCGUUUUGUGUGUGGCGUUUGUCCUUGUGAAAAUAUGGAUGUUUAAAACUUGAACAGGGAUCAUUUAGAAUACUUCAUUUUCUGUAACGUUGCCAAUGUGGUGCUGGAUGUACUUUUAUUUGUAAA